AUGGCUCUAAGAACCUCACUAAUAACCACCACAGCACCGGAUAAAACCAGCCUUCCAAUUUCAAUUUGUAUCAUCAAGUUCCAAGUCAUGAAUUUGCUUUCCAUCACCAUUUCCCCUGUUGGGAUGGUACUGAAUAUCAUAGUGCUGUGGUUCCUGGGCUUCCAGAUAUGCAGGAAUGCCUUCUCUGCCUACAUCCUCAACCUGGCUGUGGCUGAUUUUCUCUUCCUGUGUUCUCAUUCUAUAUUUUCUUUUCUUAUUGUCUGCAAACUGCACUAUUUUUUAUUCUACAUUAGACAGCUUUUGGAUACUGUGACAAUGUUUGCUUAUGUUUUUGGCCUGAGCAUUACCACCAUCAUUAGCAUUGAGUGCUGCCUGUCUAUCAUGUGGCCCAUCUGGUAUCACUGCCAACGUCCAAGACACACAUCAGCUGUCAUUUGUGUCUUGCUUUGGGCUCUAUCUCUGCUGUUUCCUGCUCUGCAGAUGGAAAAAUGUAGCGUCCUGUUUAAUACUUUUGAAUAUUCUUGGUGUGGGAUAAUCAAUAUAAUCUCUGGUGCAUGGUUAGUUGUUUUAUUUGUGGUUCUCUGUGGGUUCAGCCUCAUCCUGCUCCUCAGGAUCUCCUGUGGAUCACAGCAGAUUCCUGUGACCAGGCUGAAUGUAACUAUUGCACUCAGAGUGCUACUCCUCCUGAUCUUUGGUAUUCCCUUUGGGAUCUUCUGGAUAGUUGACAAAUGGAAUGAAGAAAAUUUUUUCGUUAGAGCUUGUGGUUUUUCACAUCAUAUACUAUACGUAUACUGUAUUAACAUCUGUGUCAAUGCUACCAUAUACUUCCUUGUUGGCUCCAUUAGGCAUGGCAAGUUUCAGAAGAUGACUCUGAAGCUGAUUCUGCAGAGAGCUAUACAGGGCACCCCCGAGGAAGAAGGUGGAGAGAGGGGUCCUUAA